UAGUUUCACCUGUUUGUAACCGAUAACGAGGUAUCUUUGUUCAUCGUUCGUUUCUCACUCUGGUCGCGUUGUGGUAAGAGGAGAAGACACUAGAGACAGUGCUCGAUCGAUAGCCAUGGCGCACCAUCAGGUUCAAGGGAAGAUGCGGUGGGGUGAAUUGGAGGAAGAAGACGGCGAGGAUCUCGAUUUCCUCUUGCCGCCGAAGCAGGUGAUUGGUCCUGACGAGAACGGCAUCAAGAAGGUCAUCGAGUACAAGUUCGACGACGAUGGCAACAAGGUCAAGAUCACCACCACCACUCGCACCCGCAAGCUUGCUAACGCGCGUCUCAGCAAACGCGCCGUCGAGCGCCGCUCCUGGCCCAAAUUUGGGGAUGCUGUUCAUGAAGAUGUUGGUGCUCGUCUCACCAUGGUGUCCACUGAAGAGAUCCUCCUUGAACGCCCCAAGCCUCUUGGUGCUAAAACAGAGGAGCCAAAGGCUUCUGGAGAUCCAUUCCAGAAAGGUGCUGUUCUUAUGGUGUGCAGGACUUGUGGGAAGAAGGGUGACCAUUGGACUUCCAGGUGUCCCUACAAGGACCUUGCACAGCCCUCUGAGGGAUUUGUCGAUAAGCCUCCUUCGGCGGGUGAUGCUGGAGCUGGUGCUGCCAAGGGACCGGGAGCAUCAACUUAUGUGCCUCCUGGCAUGAGAGCUGGUGCGGAGAGGACGGCUGGAUCUGACAUGCGGCGUAGGAACGAUGAGAACUCUGUCCGGGUCACCAACCUCUCAGAGGACACUAGGGAGCCCGAUUUGCUCGAGCUCUUCCGUCCAUUUGGUGCUGUAAGCAGGGUCUAUGUUGCGAUUGAUCAGAAAACUGGUGUCAGUCGAGGUUUUGGCUUUGUAAACUUUGUCAGCAGGGAAGAUGCACAGAGAGCCAUCAACAAACUCAAUGGAUAUGGCUAUGACAAUCUCAUCCUCAGAGUUGAAUGGGCCACACCUAGGGCAACCUAAAAUACUGUGUGUUGUUUUAGUCCCCCUUUUUUGUUAGAAUGCUGUUUACAAAGGUCUAUUUAUUUUUAUAAUCGGAGUCCCAGACUAUAUGUUUCCUUUGAGAUAUUUAGCAUCUGAAAGCAAACGUUCACUCAUCUGUUGUUGGUUAAUUAAUAUUAUGAACAUUGUUUUUUGUGGUCCACAAA